GGUUGCUGCAUGCUGCCACAACCUGCACUGGAUUUAAAUAACCUUCAGCAUAGAGAACACCAGUCGAAGGAAAAGCUGAAACAUUUGAGAAUUGUGAAGGAGCGCAAAACAGCACUGUUGACUGCAUUCCUGUUGAAAGAAAAACUAAUACAGAAGAGAGUGAAGAAACAUAAGUGUCCAUCGGUGUCAACUGAUUCAAUUAGAAUAAUGUAUAAUUCCAUGUAUCUCCUCAUCCUGCCGUGGGUGUUUGCGCUGCUCGUGUUCCCAGGAGUGCCAGCGAGGAGCGGGGAUUCUUUUUCAAAGGACAACAUCACUGUCAGACAAGGGGACAGCGCCGUCUUAAAAUGUACUGUGGACAGCAAGGUAUCGCGGGUGGCUUGGCUCAAUCGCACCACCAUUCUUUAUGCGGGCACUGACAAGUGGUCUCUGGACCCUCGCGUUGUCCGAAUGGACAACACACCCGUGACAGAGUACAGCAUAAAGAUCCAGAACGUGAAUGUACACGACGAGGGGCCCUACGUGUGCUCCAUCCUCAUGAGCAACAAACCCAAAUCGUCCAAAGUGCAUCUCAUUGUUCAAGUACCUGCAAAGAUCACAAACAUAUCGACGGACAUCACAGUGAACGAGGGCAGCAACAUUACUCUAAUGUGUCUUGCCAUUGGACGACCAGAACCCAACAUCAUAUGGAAGCAUCGCUCGGCAAAAGGCCACAAAUUUGUCACUGAAGGGGAAUACGUUGAUAUGACAGCGAUCACUAAAGAACAGUCGGGAUCCUAUGAAUGCAUCUCCUCCAAUGACAUCUCAGCCCCGGAUGUGAGGACGGUGAAAGUCACAGUCAAUUACGCUCCCUUCAUUUCGAAUGCCAGGAGUACAGGUACCCCAGUGGGCCAAAAAGGGGUGCUCCAAUGUGAGGCCUCUGCUGUUCCUGGGGCAGAUUUUGAGUGGUACAAAGAGGACCGCAGACUCUUCAAUGGACUGAAUGGGGUUAAGAUAGAGAACCAAGGUAAACAAUCCAUGCUUAUGUUUUUGAAUGUUUCUGAAGAGGACUACGGAAACUACACGUGUGUUGCCCUGAACACCAUGGGGAUCACCAAUGCAAGUAUAAUCCUCUAUGGCCCUGGGACCAUGAUGCACGAUGUGAACAGGGCAGCACUGUCGCCCCACUGCUCGUUCUGCCUACUGCUGACUGUUUUCUUUUUGUUCCUACUCAAGUUUUGAUGCAACACAGGCCAUCAUCAGCUUCUAUCAGCACUGAAAAACAACAAGACUCUUGGUCCCAGAAGAAGAAAUGGAACAAAAGGAACCACCAAUAACAUCGUUGGUUUGCUCUUCU